UCGCACAGGCGCAGCCUACACUUUUGUGGCCGCUUCUGCCAAUGUUCAGUCUGACACUUACCACACCAAGAGAAGGCAGUAACCCGAUUUCGUUCUUUGCCGUUCACAAUGGUCAAUGCAAAACUUAUCUUCGGUGGGAUCGAAGGGGGCGGCACCCACUCCUGGAUCGUGCUGAUGGACGGGCGGGGCGAGAAAGUGGCCGAGCUCGAGGGCCCCUCCACCAACCACUGGUUGAUCGGCAUGAGCGAGUGCCAGGCCCGCAUCAAGCAGCUGGUGGACGAUGCCAAGAAGAUGGCCGGCCUGCCCCAAGACACCACCCUCGAGGGCCUGGGCCUCUGUCUGAGUGGCUGUGAGGAUGAGGAAGGCAACCGUGACAUGGCAGCUGCACUUAUGAAGCGUUACCCAGACCUUGCCCGCCACGUGAUUGUUUCUUCUGACACCAAGGGUUCCAUUGCAACUGCUUGUCAGAAUGGUGGUAUUGUCCUUAUUAGCGGCACAGGAAGCAACGCACUUCUCCUAAACCCCGAUAGCAAGACUUACCGCUGUGGAGGCUGGGGUCACCUCCUUGGUGAUGAAGGAGGAGCUUACUGGAUUGCUGCUAGAGCUGUCAAGUUGUUGUUUGAUGAGGAUGACAACCUGAUUGACCCACCAUUUAACACCGCCCAACUACGAGACAUUGUAUACACUCACUUUGAACUGAAAGACAGAGGUAACCUCUACUCAGCCCCCUUCUCGCACUGUACCUCUCACUACAAACCAGGCAGGCCAAUGCUUGGUCAGGCCACAAAUAAGGAUUUUGCUACCUUGUGUAAGCAAACAGCAUAUGAGGAACGCAUCCAAAUAGACAGAUUUGGCAUGCUGCAGCACUGUUAUCAGUCCUUUGAGAAGGCAAAGUUUGCUAGUCUGACAGCCAAGAUCAGUCAGGGAGCCUCCAAUGGUGAUGCUAUGUGUGCACGCAUUCUCUAUGAUGCUGGUUUUGCUCUCGGCCGUCACAUUGCUGCUUUGUCAAGGAAUAUUCAUGAGGCACUUUUGUUCACAGAACACGGUCUUCAGAUUGUGUGUUCAGGGUCGGUGUGGAAGGCCUGGGAACACCUCCGGCCGGGAUUUGUUGAUGGGAUCAAUCCACGAUGUGAAAAGGACAGGGCCAUUCCCAAGUACACGCUGCUCAGACUUGCGGUAUGCCACAUGGUCUCUCAGAGUAUCACAAGGGAUAAGGACCUUGGAUUUAUUUGCUCGUGA